CAAAAUAGUUGUAAUCAAGUCAUAUAAAUGAACACUACGAAACGGCAGCCGGCAAAAUAAAUUUAAAUUUUAAAAGCUGAAUUCAAAACAAAAGCCAUAAAUAUAACAAUGAAGGCCGCAAUAACAACUCUAUUAAUUCUCAGUUUAAAUCUAGUGAUGUUAAUAGACGGCCAAAGUAAAACAUCCGAUGAAUUUCCCGAAAAAUCCGAAAAAUGUUUUCAACAGGAACAUGUGCCACAAGCCUACAAGGCCAGAUUUCAAUCGUUUCAAUAUCCCAAUGAGGAAAUUGUACACAAAUACAUACACUGUGUAUCCAACGAAUUAGGUAUUUGGGAUAAUACUAAUGGCUUUAAUGUGGAGAAAAUCUCCCAGCAAUAUCGUGGACGUGCCAAUGAUGAGGUGGUUAUACCAGUUAUCUCUAAAUGCAAUCAGGACAAUCAGAAUCGCAAUAAGGACUUGUGGUGCUAUCGCUCAUUUUUGUGCAUUUUAAAUAGCCAAGUGGGUGAGUGGUUUAAGGAUGAUGUGCGACGCAAACAGCAGGCUAAUAAUAUACCUAAUGGUCAUCAUUGAGUUGUAUAAAAUGUA